AUGUUGGGAGUGGGUGAAAUUAUCACGCUUCUAGUAUCACUUGCUAUCUCUUUUGCAAUAUUUGUGCCUCUUACGGGUGUUUUGGUCAGGUUCCGAGCUCAGUAUAACCCUCGUGGGCUUCAGCUCGAUGUUGAGGGUACACCACAGCCACAUACAGGCCCAGUAAUACGAAGUUAUUUUGCUAUGAUGAAGAGGGUUUAUCGGAUUGAGGGAUGGGCUGGUCUUUACAAGGGACUCAUGCCGACUCUCCUCAGCACCUUGUUUGUGACUGGGGUUAUCCUCACUUUCAUGGAUACGCCCAGCCCAUCGCAUGGCAGAUACCACGCUCCGAAUACGUCGCUUCUUGGCACACUUUUUUACAGCAUCAUCAUGAUGCUCAUCUCGCUCCCAACUUCAAUCAUCACGUAUCGUUCAAUCACUACGCCGUUCAAACUAUCCUACUUAAACGCUGCUCAGUCUUUCCGCGCUAUACUGACUCCUACCGAACGCCGCAGGCCAUGGAUUCUUUACCUUACUCCUGGACUGUUAGCUUCGGAAGUAUUGCAUAUCGUCAUCGUGGUGGUUGGCCUAGGUCCUCUUCGUCGUCUGCUUCUGCCAAAACCUGAAUUAGGCUCCUAUCCGGAUUACUCCCUCACAAAGCUCGGAAUUUACAUUGUCGUCGUGCUUAUUACCACAGCUGUCCUUUCUCCUCUAGAGGUGAUGUCUAUCCGUCUAGCCAUCCAACGAAACCAUGCUUCCGCAGAAUAUAACUCUGUAUCUCAAGAAAUCGAGGGUGAUGCAGAGGACAACACCGAAUUUUCCGGGAAUGAAGAAGACGUUAUAACGUUGCGCAGCGAAAGUGAUCCAUACCUUGGAUUAGUCGAUUGCGCCAAAAGGAUGGUCGACGAAGAGGGUUUCAGCUCAAUGUACAGAGCCUGGUGGAUUACUCUUCUGGGUGGUUUGGGCAGUGUGGCUUCUUAUUAG